GCAGGUCUGAAUUGUGAGUGGCUUACGACACUCAGUGAACAGACGGUGCCUCUGCAUGCUCUGCCAGUGCACUACACCGCUGUGAGGGACCAAAGCGAAACGCGCUCGGCUCCCCUCUCCAUCCCCGUCACACAACUACCCUGCCCGACCAACGCCAACCUCCUCAGCCUCCACCAGCCAACGAGGAAUAACACCGGUAUCAACACGCUGGAUAUAAACACCACGCAGAACAACAGACCCUUGAGUCAAGGGGUUUCUUGGGGAAAAGAUGAGAGCUCAUUUGAAGGAAGGAUACUAAAAGGAGGGUGAAGGAACAAAACAGGGGAACAGAGAGAGGACUGAAGAGAGACCCUGAUAUUACGCAGCCGGAUCCUCUAAAAAUCUGAUUUUCUCAAGCGCGCCGGUCGGUCAAUGAAAGAAUAAUGACCGGACUGACUGAAUUUCAAGCCGCGUAGGUCAGCGAACACUUCAAGUGACGGACAGUAAUUUGUGUUGACAGAUCUUCCCCCAGUCUUUAUCAAAAGGGGGGGAAAGACGAAAAAAAAGAGUUUGGAGUGGAUUUUUUUCUUCUCCUUCCUUGGUUGGCUUAGGGUUUUUUUGGGGUUCUGUCUUCUCUUCUCCGGAUCAUCGUAGUAGCAGUGACUGCAGAGGAGCGGGAGGGAGAGAGAGAGAGAGAAAGAGAGAGAGAGAAAGAGAGGGAGAGCUGGAGGAGGCACGACACUCAUGCAUGCAGCCGAGCAGGGAACUUGCACUUCCUAACCAGCGUCCACUUGGAUUCCUCGGGUCUUUUCUGACUCCUUUCAGUCGAGGAGAACUAAGACAUUGUAAGCCUGCCAGGAUCUGGUGUUCUGGCUGAAAAGGGGCGAGGAAGGGGGGCAAAUUUGUACCACACUGGGGUCCUUUUUUAGAUUCGCACAUAAUUAGUGCGGGCACAAAAGGAGUCGCUGAAUAGGGGUUGUCCAUCUCUGGAUUGGGGUGAGUAGGAUUCCUUUCAUAUGCGACCGCUCGGUGAAGAAAGCUUUUCUUUACCCCCCAAUGCAAGCCUCUUGCCCCUAAAUAUCUAACAUGAGCAAAGUGACUUGCCCUUUAGCCUUCUCCCUAGUUAUUUUCUUUUUUUCUGCCACAUUGGAUUCUUCCUCAUUCCUAUAAUACACCCCCUCACCAAAAUUUUUUUUUAAAUCCACACGCAAUUAACUCCAAAAAAAGGAAUACAAUAAAUAUACGGAAACUGCUUUCCUGCCUGGGAGAGUUUAAGGACAAUGAAGGGAACCAUGACAGAAUAACACUGGAACGAUUCCAAUGGACAUUUUCUACGCGGACCCAUCCAAGGAUAUUCAGGCUGAUGGAUUUCCUUCUAAUUGGCUUGUACCUAAAGUGGCCGCUGAGGAAGCCCCCGGGGCUGAUCUUGUGGCUGUGGUGCUCGCUCGGCAUCCUGCUCAAGAUGGUCCCCUCGGUGGAGGGGGUUUGCCCGCGGCUGUGCCGCUGCGACAGCAAGCUGCUCGACUGCGAGGGGCUCAACCUCACAGACAUACCGCGGAACCUGAGCAGCGUCGUGGGCCUGUCCAUGCGCCAGAACAACCUGACGGAGCUGCGCGAGGGCCACUUCGCCGGCCUGUCGCAGCUCACGUGGCUUUACCUGGACCAUAACAACAUUGACGUGGUGGAGGAGGGAGCUUUUGACAGGCUGCGCCGGGUCAAGGAUCUGGACCUGAGCGCCAACCGCAUCGAGAGCCUGCCCAAUGGAACCUUCAGGCCCCUCCCCAAUCUGCGCAUGUUGGACCUGUCGUACAACAGGCUGCAGGCGCUGGAGCCCGACCUGUUCCACGGCCUGCGGAAGUUAACCAAUUUGCAUUUGCGCUACAAUGCCCUAAAGUUUGUCCCAGUGAGGAUCUUCCAGGACUGCCGGAGCAUGCAGUACCUGGACCUUGGCUACAAUCAGCUUCAGAGCCUGGCACGGAACUCCUUCGCUGGGCUCUUCAAGCUGACUGAACUGCAUCUGGAACACAACGAGCUGGUCAAAGUCAACCUGGCCCACUUUCCACGACUAAUCUCGCUGCGCACCCUCUACAUGCGGAACAACCGGGCCACUGUUGUGGUAAGCACCCUGGACUGGACCUGGCACUUCCUGGAAAAGAUUGAUCUUUCCGCAAACGAGAUUGCGUACAUCGAGCCGCAUGUCUUUGAGAGUGUGCCCAACCUCAAGGCCCUCAUGCUGGACGCCAACCGGCUGGCGGCGGUGGAACAGCGCAUCUUGGACUCGUGGUCGUCACUCACCAGCAUCACCCUGGCGGGCAACGAGUGGGAGUGCAGUCGCAACGUGUGCGCUCUGGCUCAGUGGCUAAGCGCCUUCCGGGGUCAGCGGGACAGCCAGCUUCUUUGCUCCAGCCCGGAUGUGGCUCAGGGCGAAGAUGUGCUGGACGCCGUCUAUGCCUUGCAACUGUGCGAGGACGCGGGGGACCAGGUCACCACAGCCACAGCCUGGUUACCAGAAUACACCGCUAAGAACCGGGCCCGUGGUGGCUCGACGGCUAACCCCUACGACCUGCCGGACGCCGAGCCCGGCGAGGUGGUCACGAACAGCUUUACGGUGACUCUGGCCGACCUGGACGACCUCGAGAGUACCAUGCAGAUCCACAAGGUGGUGACGGGCACCAUGGCCCUGAUCUUCUCCUUCCUGAUCGUGGUUUUGAUGCUCUAUGUGGCGUGGAAGUGCUUCCCUGCGGGCGUGCGGCAGCUGCGGCAGGGCUUCAGCAGGCAGCGGCGCAAGCAGAAGCAGAAGCAGACCAUGCAGCAGAUGGCCAUCAUGUCCACGCCGGAGUACUACGUGGACUACAAGCCCAACCACAUCGAGGGGGCGCUGGUCAUCAUCAACGAGUACGGCAACUGUACCUGCCAGCAGCAACCCUCCCGGGAGUGCGAAGUCUGAGCUGACUUCUGGUGCGUGCAAGGAUGAGUGUGUGUGUGUGUGUGUGUGUGUGCGCGUGGAUAAUACGGACUUCUGCCGAGCCCCCUUUCUGGAUAUGUGGGACAUAUUGGGUGGGGUUGUGGUUGUUUACGUGAGGAUUGAACCAGGGAUACUUCUACGGACACUAUUUACACUGGGUCGCACUGUGACGCUUCCCCCCCCCCCUCCCCCCUCCUCCUCCCACAGCCUCAGAGGGGGGGGCGAAACAGGAGGUGGAUGAACUGAGAGCGUGGAUUUACCGCUGUGGAUCUGAAGGAGCCUCUGUGGACACGAUGGAGACCUAACUCUAUUGUACCUGUUGACUUAACACGCAGAAGCACUUGGUGACGGAAUAUUAUUGCGGACAAUAUACAACACACCGGAGAGGAUUACUAUGUUUGUGGGCACCAAUGUCUCUUUUCUCUACACCAGGGGUGGAUAUUAUUUGAGCUUUAAAAUGAUCUUUCUUACUUCAGGAUAUUCUGAUACUGUCUAAAGAGAACGACUGGGGACACACUGGCGAGACAGAAACACACCGUUUUUAUUGUGGUAAUGAGACGAUGGUAAUGAGAAACACAACAAGAAACAAAAACAAAAAAAUAAAUAACACAAACUAUAAUGAUAAGUUGGAUUAUAUAAAAAAAAAAAAGAUUAUAAAAUCAGUGUAAAAUAUGUUUAAAAAGCUGAAAUUGCAAGAUUGGGGGAAAAAAAAUGCAAGACGCUAUCCUAUUUCUUUUGUAAACUACAAAAAAAAUACCAUGUUUAAAUAAAUGAAUUGCUAUUCACAGUAAAGCCCUUGUGUUGUAAGGAACCUUUGGGAGAAGGGUAGAUUAUGAAAAGGGGUGCAGUGCUUUUGCUGGUGGCUGGAAGAGAGAGAGGGAGUUUGUCUGGCAUGCUUACUGCAGUAUCUCUAGUAAGGUGGAGAAAAAAAUAGAAGAGAAUGAUGAUGGCCUGGGGGGAAAGAUGCACUUCAUUUCAAAUGAUAAACCCCAAUCUGAAUUUCAGAUAUUUUCUCCAGCCCUCUUUUCACUACAUGUGAGUAAUGAGGGAAUUAAAUGUGCUAGACCACUAUAGAUGUUGCUGUUGCCUCUCCCAAACCCCCGCACCUUCCCACUACCCUUUUCUUUCCUCUAUCCUUUCUAGAUUAAAUUGAUCUGAUGCUUUCUAACCAGGUGGCGUUAUUUUCACACGAUCAAAUGGGUUAGUCGACAAAACACCCAAACAAACGGCACAGGCGGAGGAUCUGAAGGGCUCUGCCUGUCAAUCACUGCUGCUUGGCUGUCAUGCAAAGCCUUUAUGCCUUCCUUCCUAUCGCGUGGGACACAUCAAAAGGGGGAAGAAAAUGUCUAACACGGCACUAUUAAAAUGAAAAGGAAUUCCAGAAUCUGAUUUAGAUUAUUCAUUUUCUAAAUGUUUUUUUUUUUUGCUUCCCCUCCUGAAAGAAAUGACACAAAGUCACAUGCCGGGACUAAAUCAUAGCCUGACUUCUGUUAAAUGUGUACUUUCAAAACAUCUUUCAACACAAGGCUAUUCUGGGGUUAUUCUUUUUUUCUCCUUCUUUAGUUAUUCCUCAUUGUGUGAGUGACUGAUGCGCUGACCGAUCAACAAGCGAUGCACAUGUGCUGCUAGGGGGAGAGAAAGACUGAUCUCUGAGGGAAGGAGUGAUCGCGGAAGGCUGCAGAAAGGUGGUUUAGGCUGCUCUCUAGUGUCCUAAAAUCGGCAGGAGAGAAAUGAAAAGAGGGAUGGAGGGAAGGAAGGAGAAGAGUCUAGAGUCAGAGCAUCUGCAAUGUGUCAGAUGAUGAUUGCAUGCGUGCGUGGCGCGUGUGAACGAGUGUGUGUGUGUGCGCGUUUGAUUGUACGUUGCAGUAAAUAUGGCAUAGCCUGUGUGUUUCUAUAUUUCUGAGAUUGAAUGCUGUUGCUCCCACCUAAAGAGACAAACACCGAAACAGCGAGGGGAGUGCCUCUGCAAUUUUUUUGUGUCUGAGCAAGCGUGUUUGCGUGUGUGUGCUUGUAGGAGUAGCAGAGCAUUUCCCUGCGCAGUCACAAAGCUGACCUGAGUUCCUAGACAGGAGGCUGCGACAGCGGCGAACGUUCUUUAGCAUUCCAAACGCGCGCCCCCUAGUGCGAACGCAAGCUCCGGCACAUGCUGGUGUUUGUGGGAAAACAACCUGGCAAUUACUCUAAAGCGGCCGCACCGCUGGCCCUCCAUCAUUCAGCACCAUGACAAAUUGGCUGUUAUUAUCGCAGAGUCGUUUAUCCAGUGGCGGUCGCUACCAUUAGGCAAGGUAGGCAGCCGUCUAUGGUCCCAGAAGGCCUAGGGCCCUGUGGAAAUUCAAACUGAAAUACAUUUUUAAAAAACAUAUUAUAAUAAGUUAUAUUUUUUCAUUCUUAUUUUUUUCAGAAUUAUUUAUUUUCUUAAGAUCUGAUGAUCAUGCCUCCUAGUAACACAGUAUUUGGUUCAGACCAAACACCUGUCUCUUACUCAAAUGGUCUGUCCCAUAUUGUUUCACACCUAAGCAGCCCAAAAGAUGUUAGGUAGCUAACUCAGUCAGCAUGAGCCCGCAUCAGUCCACAACAGAUGGACAGCAACAUUCUAAAAACAUGAAACACGUAUGUAAGCGGAGCCGAAAAAGGAAGGAGGAAAAUGUUUCACAGUCACACAAGAAAGCGCUUUCCCUGACCUGGACCAUCACCAACGGCCACUAGACAGAGGUUAAGAAGACACUGAUUCAAUUCAGUCACGUCGUUCUUCUAAAUUCAUGCAUUUUGAUUACACUGAUGUCAAUGUUGAUUAUGAUGGUGAUAGUGAUCGCGACAGUGCUGCUGAUCACAAAUUAGCGACGUUGACGUCUACCAUCCCCUGGCUUCCUAAGAAAGCACUGACAGUGUAGUGACACAGAAUAAAGUGCCUGAUCCAGGUAUAUGUGGCCAUCUCAGGUGACAGGCAGGGAAAGGUGCAGCAUAAUGAGAAAAGGAAGGUAUAUGAAUGCACUUGAUCAUGAAUAAGAAACAGUACACUUGAACAAAAUGCCUAAAUGCUUUGCACUUCACUGUAGUGGUGGCUUAUAAGGCAGUAUGUACACUUCAGAUAAUUAUAUUUAAACUAACACUUUUAUUCUACUGAAUGGGGCAGCAAUGCUCGUGUCUUUGGAAGUGGCAGUUCCUAUCAACAACAAAGACAGAAGGUAUGUUCAUAAUGUUGUGGGUAUGGCUUUGAUAAGGACAAUAAGGUAAAUAAAUCUAUGAACCAGUCUCUGCCAAGGGCUCCCAAAUCUCUAAAAUCACCACUGCGUUUUUCUAUAUGUGGUGCGUUUGUGUCUGUGUGUUUUCUUGCGAGCAUAGGCAUGCCGAAGUGUCGCAGUUACCUAGUACUGGUUUGGACUAACAAAUGAUAAUUAAUGCGAGCUAUGGCACAAUGUGGUGUAGAUGCCAAGAGAUCAAAUGAGGUCAUGUCUAACCUUGAUGAUUGAUGAAAACAAAUAAUCCCUGCCCUCUAAGCACCAGCUUUUGAUGAUAGAAAAAGCCAGACAAAAUGAAACAUGAAAAACAAGGAAAUGUAUACCAACUGUAGAUGUAAAGUUUGGAUAUUGUCUUACAUUUGGUUCACACCUGCUUGAAGUUCAUCUUGAGGAGUACAUAUUUUCUAAUGCUUAUUGGAAAGCUCAGACUUUUUUUCCUUAUUCUUCUACAAGCCAUCUUUGCUCACAUUUGUCACAUGGAGAAAUUUCUGCAGUUGAACAGUAUCAUGAAUUUUCACUAAAAUAUCAUGUGCCAAGUUUAAAUAAGAGUCCUGUUCAGCUUAGUUGGUAAUAAAUUGCACUUGAAACGCCA